AUGUCUAAUGAGAUGAACCCGCAAAUACAAGCUCUAUUACAGAGGUAUAAACAGAUGAAAGAACAAGGCGUGUCAGAAAAAGAUCCCGAGUUUAUAAAAGUCCACCAAACUCUCUCAACCUUUCGCAUGCAUCGGCAGAAAGCUGCAUUUGCACAACAACAGCAGCAGAUGAUGCAACAGCAACAACAAAAUGCUAACAGCAUCGCGGCAAAUGGUUCGACUCUGGCCCGACCUCCGUCUACCUCUAGCACGAUUUCCAGCGCGCAAGUACCUGCGACAUCCUCACUUGGUCCUUCAGCGAUUCCCGCGACUGCAGCAAGCUCUGCCGCAUCCAAAGUAGCCGCUGGCCCACAGAAACCAACCGGGAGCUCUGGCUAUUUUUCGCCAGAACAGCUGAGCAUGUUGAAGCACCAAAUUUAUGCAUUCAAAUGUUUGUCGAAGAACUUAGGAAUUCCGUCACAAACUCAGCAGCAACUAUUUGCGUCGCAAAAGAAACCGCCUACGUCCACCGAACAAGUACUAGCUACUACUCAACAGCCUGGCGAGGAUGCCCAGCCUACUGCCAAUGGAGUAGAAACUACCUCAGCUCAAAAAGUCGAAGGGCCCAAAUUUCAUCAAUAUACCGGAUUUGAAGACCCGCGUGAAAUACUUCUGAAGCAAAUUAGCUAUAGCACGCAUAAGCUUCGAGGACAACGUCCUAUAAUUCCAUCUAUCUUUCCGACCGGUGUCAAUAUUGAAGAACUUCGCCAAAAACGAGCUGACAUUAUCCACAAUCGCAUGAACGCGAGACUUAAUGAAUUGAGAUCAUUACCUGCAAACAUUGCGCAUGUAGAUGCACGAGAUGACGAUAUGGUGCCGGAUGACUCUCUUAGGCGUAAAGCAUUGAUCGAGAUGAAGAUGUUAGCACUGUAUGAUAAACAGAGGGCGUUACGUGAGAGAGUCGGUAGACAGAUGAUUCAAUACGAUAACCUAGCGAUGACGGCCAACAGAAGCAUUUACCGCCGCAUGAAGAAACAAUCACUCCGAGAAGCUAGGAUUACCGAAAAAUUGGAGAAGCAGCAGCGUGACGCUCGUGAGACACGGGAGAAGAAGAAGCACACCGAUUACCUGCAAACAGUCCUUAACCAUGCUCGUGAGGUCAAUUUGGCUGGGCAGAACCAGAGACAGAAGAUGGUUAAAUUAGGCCGUAUGAUGGUAACCCAACAUCAAAAUAUCGAGAAGGAAGAACAAAAGCGCAUCGAGCGAACAGCGAAGCAGCGUCUCGCAGCUUUGAAAUCGAACGAUGAAGAGGCAUAUCUGAAAUUGUUAGAUCAAGCAAAAGAUACUCGUAUCACUCACUUGCUGAGACAAACAGAUGGUUUCUUGUCUCAACUUGCUGCAUCGGUGAAGGAACAACAACGAAAAGCGGCAGAGCGUUAUGGUGAUGAUGGUGGUGACUUUGAGGAGGAUGAGUCUGAAGAUGAUGAUGAAGAAGAACCAGAUACACGCAAGAUCGAUUACUAUGCUGUUGCUCAUCGCAUUAAAGAAGAAGUCACCAAGCAACCUAGCAUUCUUGUUGGUGGCACUCUGAAGGAAUAUCAAUUGAAGGGUUUGCAAUGGAUGAUUUCGCUGUACAACAACAACCUGAACGGUAUCUUAGCAGACGAGAUGGGUCUUGGUAAAACUAUUCAAACCAUCAGUUUGCUCACAUAUUUGAUCGAGGUCAAAAAGCAGAAUGGCCCUUUCCUAGUAAUCGUUCCGCUGAGUACCUUGACGAAUUGGACUCUUGAGUUCGAAAAGUGGGCCCCGUCGAUUGGAAAAAUUGUUUACAAGGGUCCGCCAAACACAAGAAAACAACAACAAAAUCACCUUCGUUACGGAAAUUUCCAAGUACUUUUGACUACAUACGAAUAUAUCAUCAAGGAUAGACCAAUUUUGAGCAAGAUCAAAUGGGUGCACAUGAUCAUUGAUGAAGGUCAUCGUAUGAAGAACGCACAGUCGAAGCUUAGUGCUACUCUCACACAGUACUACACUACUCGUUACCGUUUAAUUCUUACCGGUACUCCCCUCCAAAACAAUCUACCGGAACUCUGGGCGUUGCUCAAUUUCGUUCUUCCAACCAUCUUCAAGUCUGUCAAGUCUUUCGAUGAAUGGUUCAAUACUCCAUUCGCCAACACGGGUGGUCAGGACAAGAUGGAGCUUACCGAAGAAGAACAAAUUCUUGUUAUUAGACGUCUACACAAAGUUUUACGACCUUUCUUGCUCCGUCGUCUUAAGAAGGAUGUCGAAAAGGACCUUCCUGACAAGACUGAAAAAGUUAUCAAGUGUAAAUUCUCGGCCCUGCAAGCCCGUCUCUAUAAACAAAUGGUCACUCACAACAAGCUCGUUGUUAGCGAUGGGAAAGGAGGCAAGACUGGAGCUAAGGGUCUGAGCAAUAUGAUCAUGCAAUUGCGAAAGCUUUGUAACCAUCCCUUUGUGUUUCGCGAAGUUGAAGAUCAAAUGAAUCCUAACAAUUUCAUCAAUGAUACUUUAUGGCGCAGUGCAGGGAAAUUCGAGUUGCUCGACCGUAUUUUGCCAAAGUAUCAAGCAACUGGACAUAGAGUUUUGAUGUUUUUCCAGAUGACGGCCAUCAUGGACAUCAUGGGAGAAUUUCUAGAUUACAGAGGCAUCAAAUUUAUGAGAUUGGAUGGUACGACUAAAUCUGAUGAUCGUUCUCUUCUCCUCAAGGAGUUUAACGCACCAGAUUCUCCAUACUUUUGUUUCUUGCUGUCAACCCGUGCUGGAGGUCUGGGUUUAAAUUUGCAGACCGCUGACACUGUCAUCAUCUACGAUUCGGAUUGGAAUCCUCAUCAAGAUUUACAGGCUCAGGAUCGUGCCCAUCGUAUUGGUCAAAAGAAUGAAGUUCGUAUUCUUCGACUAAUCAGUUCCAACUCAGUCGAGGAAAAGAUUUUGGAAAGAGCAAAGUUCAAGCUCGAUAUGGAUGGCAAGGUCAUUCAAGCUGGUAGAUUCGACAAUAAGUCAUCCGAAACCGAUCGUGACGCAAUGCUUAGGGUUAUGUUGGAAACAGCUGAAGCUGCUGAGUCUAUGGAGCAGGACGACAUGGACGAUGAAGAGCUCAACGAAAUCUUGGCACGAUCUGACGAGGAGAUUGUCAAGUUCCGACAAAUGGACGAGGAACGAAACAAAGAUUUACUCUACGGCAAUAACCCUCAAAGCAAGCGUAUUCCUCGUCUAAUGGUAGAAAGUGAGCUUCCGGAAAUCUACAUGUCAGAUGGGAAUCCCAUAUCCGACGAACCAGAGGCGCCACAAGGUCGUGGUGCAAGAGAGCGCACUCGCGUCAAGUACGACGACGGUCUCACGGAGGAGCAAUGGACUAUGGCUGUGGAUGAUGAUGAGGAUUCUCCAGAAGCCGCAGCAGCUCGUAAAGCAGCUAGGGCUGAUCGUCGAGAACGAAACAAGGCAAGAAAGCUUGGUCAACUAAAUGGUCCUCUUUCACCUGCUGGUAGUCGUGAUAGCUCAGAAGAUCCUGAACCUGAGCCUGAGCCAACACCCAAGAAGGGACGUGGUCGCAAGCCAGGUGUUAAGGUUGAGAAGCGAAAGGCCGAUGACUUUGAUGAUGAACCACCGCCAAAGCGAAAGCGUGGCGGUCCUGGGCGCCCACCAAGAAUUCCUAACGGAGACAUCUUGACGCCCAAGACUCGUAUGACUCUCCAAGCCAGCUUGAAGAUUGUCUUUGACCAUCUGAUGCAUUUGAAAUCUCUACCCGAAUCUCCAGACUCGCAAGGAGAGCAAACCGCACGGGAGAUCAUAUUUCCAUUUGUUUCCUUGCCAUCGAAGAAAGACUUUCCAGAUUAUUACGUGAUUAUCAAGGAGCCAAUUGCUAUGAAGCUUAUUGAAAAGAAAAUAAACAAGAGAGAAUACAACAGUCUCCAGGAUUUCAAAAAAGAUAUCGACACUCUCUGCACCAAUGCUAAGACGUAUAACGAGGAUGGCAGUUUGAUCUAUGUUGAUGCUGUUGCGAUCAGCGAGGAGUGUGAAUCUCGAAUUCAAGAUGAAGUUAACGAGCAUCCGGAGCUUGGUGCUGAAGGUGAUGAGACAUCACGAAACGGUGGCUCAACGGCUCCUACUACGAGUGCCGGUACCCCUUUGCCAGCACCAGGGCCAAGCACGAAGUUGAAGCUUACAUUCAAUAAGCAGGCGGCUAAUGGCAGAAAUAGUAGUAUUCAAAGUGACGACGAUGACGAUGAUGAGUAG